CUUAGUACUACUUUUGUGUGCGUUUCCACUUUGCGGUCCCAAAGACAUCAUCAACUGAACAGCUCUCCCCCCUGUUCGCCCCGGACAGACGGACAAUAAAAGAGGCCUUGGUGGAGUGAUGCCUCCACUCAUGAAUGGCUCGCCGCGGGACGCAAUGCAGGGGCUUCGCUGCACGCUGUCGCUGGGAUUAGAUUCAGGGGAAGAAUUGAAAGAGUAUGGCAUGCGCGCAAUCCCAUCACUGCCAAUUAUAGCCACAAGAUUCAAACUUUGCUCGUAUAGAUAUUGCAACUCAGGACACGACUACGGAGGCCUCUAUAUAACGGUGCCCUGCGAGCUCUGUAAACGUCACUGGGAUAGCACCGAAGAAAUCAUCCCCAGCGACAGCGGUAAUGGACUAGAGUGCAUUCAAUCGCCCGAGGCCAAGCAGGGAUGGUGUUAUUACGGAUGGAGUGCAUACGAGGCACACCAACCUAUAUUUAACAACAUGGAGAUGCGGCCGAAGGACAUGCGAGCUGGUGAAGAUGCAGCGGCAGCAGCAGCGGCGGCGGCAGUACGUACUGAUGCAAUAAAUACUACCAUCCAUUCGUCAAUCGACCAGUCAACCAAGACACAAGCCCGGGGUAGCUGGCAGAUCGUCACCAUCUGUGGCGAAGCACAGAUCGGCUACAGCCGCCCAGCUCUUGGCCCUGCCGCUGCCAGGCCCAAGCAUUCUGCGUGCUUAGGCCGUUCUCUGCGCUGA